GCGGUCUGAAAUGGGUGCAGGGGCAAUAACAUGGCCGAACCUCCAGGAGACACGUCUGACCCUGCAGAAUUAACAGAAGAGUUUGACCCUUAUUCAGGAGAAGUAGAAAGAGUGGAUGAAAACUUGGACGUGUCUCUAGCCGCACCGCCCGAAUCACAGUGGUACCAUGGCCGUCUGGACAGACAAACUGCUGAAGAUAGAUUACGCACAAAGGGAGAGAAUGGCUCCUAUUUGAUAAGGGAGUCUGAAAGAAAACAUGGUCAAUAUGUCCUCUCAUUUCUUGGAGAAACUGGAAUCAACCACUUCAGAAUUACUGCCAUGUGUGGAGAUUAUUAUAUAGGAGGGCGCCAGUUUGAUUCCCUGUCAGAUUUGAUUGGGUAUUAUACCAAGGUAUCAGAUCUUUUAAAAGGGGAACGGUUAAAAAUGCCCAUUCCUCCCCCAGAACCUGUAGAUGAUAAGCGGCGAGUUAUUGCAAUAUUACCUUACAACAAAAUACCUGAUACAGAUGAAUUAAGCUUCGAAAAAGGUGAUGUAUUCUUGGUACAUAAUGAAUUAGGGGAUGGCUGGAUAUGGGUAACAUCUCUUAGAACUAAAGAGAGUGGCAUUGUGUACCAAGAGCUGGUCGAAGAUCUGAAUGGCAGUGUUGAUCUUGUGGAAAACAAUCUUUGGUUUCAUCCAAGUAUUACGAAACAAGAGGUCUCACAGAAACUUGGUCAAGCUGGUCCUGGUAGUUUUCUGGUCAGACCAAGUGAAAUGUCACCUGGUGACUUCACACUGUAUUUUUAUGUUGAAAAUCAAAUUCAGAAGUUUAAAAUAUCCAGAAAAGGGAGCCAGUUUGCCUUAGGAGGAAGAUAUUUUGAAAGUAUUAGGGCCAUAAUAGGACGGUACAAAAAAGAGCAAAUUGUUGAAGGGCACACUUUAGGAGAUCCUGUUCUACGGAAUGCAACAGAAGGUGAUGAAUGUAUCCAUGAACUGGAUACAGAUGAAACGGAUGCAAGAACAAGACAGAUCUAUGCUACAAUACGGCAGAUGCAAAGUAGUGGUUCAAAUUUUCUCAUCAACAGAAAUGAUCACAUUGUCCUGAAAGGAUUUUUGAACAAAAAAAGUGAAAGAGGAAACAAAUGGAAAAAUAUGCACUUUGUACUGAAUGGGACCGAGCAUCAGUUAUACUUUUUUGAAAAUGAUAAGCGCUCCAAACCAAAAGGUCUGAUAGACCUCAGUUACAGCUCACUUUACCCAGUUCAUGACAGUUUAUUUGGAAGGCCCAGCUGUUUUCAGCUGGUGGUUAGAGCCUUAAACCACUUUUCAGUCCAUUAUUUGUGUGCUGAAAAUGCUGAUACUGCACAGGAAUGGGUGCAGGCUCUGAAACCAUACUGUAUCAACACCACUCCUGCAAAAAGUUCCUUAAGACAGCUAUUAAGUUUGAACAUUCAUGUAUUAGAUGCCCACCGUCUUCCUGUAAAAAGUGUGCCUCAUCCCUACUGCACAGUUUCAAUAAAUGAGGUCAAAGUUUGCCGUACAGAGGCAAAAGAGGCACCAAAUCCAGUAUGGGAAGAUGAGUUUGUUUUGGAGGAUAUUCCUCAAGAUAUCUAUAGUUUUACUGUCAUUGUUCACAAUAAGGGAAGGAGAUCCAAAGAUACAGAAGUUUCUUCUGUUAGCCAAGGACUUGGAGGCUGUAAAGGCAUUAACUCAAGUUUGUGGAAAUGAUAGGAUUCCGCUUGCCAAAUCCUUAUUAAAUAUCUUUCGCAAAGAGAAACAGGAGUCUCAUCUUAUUCGCACAAUGAAUGACAGGGAAAUUGAUAAAGAAUGUACUGUAUCAAAUUUGUUCCGUGCAACUUCCUUUGCUACCACGCUGAUGGAUCAGUAUAUGAAGAUGGUUGCUACAGACUUUGUGCAUCAUGCUGCUAAAUCAUCUGUUAUGAAAAUUAUAGAGUCAAGGCAAUCUUGUGAGCUCAAUCCAACCCUUCUUGACAACCCAACAGAUGCUACUGCCAAUAAAGAACACCUCUUAUCUGUGCUUAAAGAUGUUGUUCGAAAUAUUUUCAUGUCAACAGACAAGUGUCCUUUGGUGCUUCGAUAUAUCUGUGGAUGCUUGCAGAAAAAAGUAAUUUCCAAAUGGCCAGAAGAUGAAACAGUUAAGACAAGAGUAGUUAGCGGGUUCAUUUUCCUGAGGUUGUUGUGUCCAGCAUUACUUAAUCCCAAGUGUUUUAACAUUAUAACAGAAACUCCUUCAGAAGUGGCAGCUAGAAGUUUAAAACUGGUGGCAAAGUCCCUGCAGAAUCUAGCAAAUUUAGUGGAAUUUGGUGCAAAGGAACCCUUCAUGGAAGUAGUUAAUCCUUUUAUCCUUGGAAACAAACAAAGGAUGGUCAUGUUUUUGGAUGAAUUGUCUAAUAUCCCAGAGUACCCUGUAGUGGGUGACUACCAAGUGGCAGACAUUGGAAGGGACUUGGCUAAUGUGCACCAGAUAUGCACUUCCCAUGCUCAGGAGCUUCAGGCAUUAGACCAGGCACAGGCAGCACAGGGGGAUCAGAGGAACCAGAAGAAACAGCACUCAUUAAAAAGACUUGUGACUGUGACAGAUAUGCUGACCAAGCAUAAGCAGCACUAUUUAGGUAAUCUUUAAUGACACUUUCCAUAUGAAAUGGGGUUGUAUCAUUUGGAGGAAAGCUGUGCCUGUCCUGCUGACGAGUGCAAAAUCCCAGUGUAGAAUAAAGGUUUAAAGGAAGAGUGAAAAUCUGACCUGGUACAGUGCAUGAGGAGCAUCCCUCUCCCUGUCCAAAAAAAAGGAAAAAGGAAACAGACAAAAUAAAACAGGGUUCUCAGGCCUGUGGCAUUUUGUUUACCUGCAAUAUAUGAGUUGGCAUUUAUUGGAGGAUGCAUAAGUCUUUCCAUGAAGUAGAGCACUGCAAUACAUUAUGUAUAGGAAAUACAUGUGAAAAGCUGGAAGAAAGGCAUCAUUGUUCAAGUUUAUUCACACUUUCACAUCAUCAUCAUCAUAGUGUCACACUUUUUAAUUGAUGCUUAACAAGUGGUUUUUGUCAGGCUGUGUUGUUAUGUUGGAACAAAAAUGGAAAUGUUUGCUAGGGCAUCAUGAUGAAAAAUGUUUUUAUUAAUGAAAAUGAGCAGUUUAUUAUACUAUCAACAAUUUAGAGCAAAAAAUCCAUCAGAUGCUGCAAUAAGAUGAAAUAAAUUGUCGAUAACAUAGCCUGUUUAAACAAAACUUGAGGCAAUUUUAAAUAGGUUGUCCUUACAAAUGGUGUCAAUGUCAUUCUCUUUUUAGAGAGGGAAAAGCUCAAAUAAAUAUGCAUGCUCAAAAAAGGAGUUCAUAACAAAACACUUGGUUUAUACUGCAAUAUAUUCUGAUGAUUGUUAUUUCAUAUAAUAAACUUUAUUUUGAAUUCAUUAAAUGAAAAGCAGUUAUUCUUGAGCAUUUAAUAAUGGAUGCCUAUUAUUCUUGAAGCAUUAUCAUCAGUAAAUUAUAGGAUUUGAAGUUGUCAUUAUUUUUCAUUUAUUUAUUGCAUGAUCAAUAUGCCAAUUGUUGCUGUUAUGUCCAAUAUACUUGAAAUA